AUGUUGUUUUUCAUUCCCAAUAUCGCAAUCUCCAAGCACAGUUCUAAGCCCAUUCUUGGCGGGUGGACUAAAAUCAAUGAUAAUGAUCUCAAUAGCAAGGAGGUGCUCGGUGUUGCAAAUUUCGCGGUGAACGAGCAUAACAAAGAGGAAAAAACGAAUCUGAAAUUCGACAAAGUGAUCGGGGGCAUGAAACAGGUGGUCACGGGAGUUAAUUACGAUCUAACUAUCGAAGCCACCGAUAAGAAGCGCGUUGCCGGGAGUUACAUUACGUUAGUGUAUGUCGAUAUAAAGAACAAGGAAACCCUCAUUUCCUUCAAUAAAAUCCAACAAAAUCAAUGA